UUGUAUUUUCUUGACCCAACGUCUUGGGAUGGCACGAGGGGUUCCUGACCAAAGCAUCGCGCCCAGGUAAGUGGCAGAUGCCAGUCACAGUCUGCCCUGAGAACUUUAGGAGGGCUGGCGUGUGGCGGUGUCAAGGAUUUCUGCCACGGAACGACAGCGACAAGAAUGUUACACCUGGAGACACUGGGUGUUGCUCCUGGGUCCUGGGGGAGCAGUGACUGAGUGGAGCUUGGGAGGGAGGUUCUGUGUUACACCAUCAGUGUGGAGGUUUGGUACAUCCUUGGGGCAUCCUCCAUACACGAUGCACUUCUCAUCUUUCUAGGAUGUGGGUCCAGCAACCACCAACUUGGAUUUGAUUCAAGGAUGUGGAUAAAGCAAUUCUUUUCCUUAAAAAAAGAAAGAAAAAAAGAAAAAGUUGACUUUCCUACAGAAUUAAUCCUUCACUGAGCUCAGUGUCAGACUCAAGAAGCAGAAAGAAUCCUAGUCCAGGACUGACAGCUUUCAUUCCAAUCAGACCUCUUAGAAUACAAUAGAUGCAUCUCUUCAAACGCAGCAUCGUGCACCAGCUGCCUUGAGCUGGGCCCUGAAUGCGGAUGGUGUGCUCAAGAGGAUUUCAUUUCAGGUGGAUCAAGAAGCGAACGUUGUGAUAUUGUUUCCAAUUUAAUAAGUAAAGGCUGUUCAGUGGAGUCCAUAGAAUACCCAUCUGUACAAGUCAUUAUACCCAAUGAAGAUGAAAUUAACACCCAGGUGACACCAGGGGAAGUGUCAAUCCAACUGCGUCCAGGAGCCGAGGCUAAUUUUAUUAUGAAAAUUCAUCCUCUGAAGAAAUAUCCUGUAGAUCUUUAUUAUCUGGUUGAUGUAUCAGCAUCAAUGCACAAUAAUAUAGAAAAAUUAAAUUCUGUCGGAAAUGACUUAUCUAGAAAAAUGGCAUUUUUCUCCCAUGACUUCCGCCUUGGAUUUGGGUCAUAUGUUGAUAAGACCGUUUCUCCAUACAUUAGCAUCCACCCGGAGAGGAUCCAUAAUCAGUGCAGUGACUACAAUUUAGACUGUAUGCCUCCCCAUGGGUAUAUCCAUGUACUGUCUCUGACAGAAAAUAUCACUGAGUUUGAAAAAGCAGUUCACAGACAAAAGAUCUCUGGAAAUAUUGACACCCCCGAAGGAGGUUUUGAUGCCAUGCUUCAGGCAGCCGUCUGUGAGAGUCAUAUUGGAUGGAGAAAAGAAGCUAAAAGAUUGCUGCUGGUGAUGACAGAUCAGACAUCUCAUCUCGCUCUUGAUAGCAAACUGGCAGGGAUAGUGGUGCCAAAUGACGGAAACUGCCAUCUGAAAAACAAUGUCUACGUCAAAUCAACAACCAUGGAACAUCCCUCACUAGGUCAACUUUCAGAAAAACUAAUAGACAACAACAUUAAUGUCAUUUUCGCAGUUCAAGGAAAACAGUUUCAUUGGUAUAAGGAACUUCUACCCCUUUUGCCUGGCACCAUUGCUGGUGAAAUAGAAUCAACAGCGGCCAACCUCAACAAUUUGGUAGUAGAUGCCUACAAGAAGCUCAUUUCAGAAGUGAAAGUCCAAGUGGAAAACCAGGUACAAGGUGUCUAUUUUAAUGUAACUGCCAUCUGUCCAGAUGGCGCCCGAAAGCCAGGCACGGAUGGGUGUGGAAACGUGACAAGCAGCGAUGAAGUUCUUUUCAAUGUAACAGUUACAAUGAAAAACUGUGAUGUCACAGGAGGAAAAAACUAUGCAAUAAUCAAACCAAUUGGUUUCAAUGAAACCACUAAAAUUCACAUAUAUAAAAGCUGCAGCUGUCAGUGUGAGGACCACAAAAGGCCAAGAAGGAAGUGUGUAGACGAGACUCUUCUCGACUCCAAGUGCUGGCAGUGUGAUGAGAGUGACUGUCGUUUGGAAGAAGACAGAUUUCUGUCUGAAAGUUGCAAGCCACAAAAGGACCAACCUGCUUGCAGUGGCCGAGGAGUUUGUGUUUGUGGGAAGUGCGUAUGUCACAGAACUAAGCUUGGAAAAGUUUAUGGAAAAUACUGUGAAAAGGAUGAUUUUUCCUGUCCGUAUCACCAUGGAAAUCUAUGUGCGGGGCAUGGAGAGUGUGAAGCUGGCAAAUGCCGAUGCUUCAGUGGCUGGGAUGGGGAUCAGUGCCAGUGCCCGUCAGCGUCCGCUCAGCACUGUGUCAACUCCAAGGGCCAGGUGUGCAGCGGGAGAGGCACGUGUGUGUGCGGCAGAUGCGAGUGCACCGACCCCAGGAGCAUCGGCCGCUUCUGCGAACACUGCCCCACCUGCCACUCAGCCUGCGGUGACAACUGGAACUGCAUGCAAUGCCUUCACCCUCACAAUCUGUCUCAAGCUGUACUUGCUCAGUGUAAAACCUCAUGUGCUCUCCUGGAUCAACUUUAUGUUGACCAAGCAUCAGAAUGUUUAUCCAGCCCUAGCUACUUACGAAUAUUCUUCAUCAUAUUCAUAGUUACUUUCUUGAUUGGGUUGCUGAAGGUCCUUAUCAUUAGGCAGGUGAUACUACAGUGGAAUAGUAGUAAAGUCAAGUCCUCAUCAGAUUACAGAAUGUCCACCUCAAAAAAGGAUAAGUUGAUUCUUCAGAGUGUUUGCACAAGAGCAGUCACCUACCGACGUGAGAAGCCCGAAGAAAUAAAAAUGGAUAUCAACAAAUUAAAUGCUCAUGAGACUUUCAGGUGCAACUUCUAAAAGAAGACUUUAAAAAUAUUCUGUGGGAAACUGGAUUUUUAAAUAUUGCUCCUAAAAAAUAUUAAGUGUAAAAGUCACAAGAAGAAACAAAUUGUUCAAGACCAUGACAACUGUUGGUUGUAUAUUUGAAUGAAGACUGACACGCAUCCUCAUUGCCAUGUGACUCACAUAGCUGCUGAAUUUUUCAGAAAAAAAAAUGUGUCUUACUACUGUUUUGAGACUAGUGUCAUGUAGCACUUUACUGUAAUAUAUAACUUAUUUAGAUCAGCAUAGAAUGUAGAUCAUCUGAAGAGCACUGAUUACACUUUGCAGGUACCUGUCAUUCCUGCGCUUCCCAGAGACACAAUGUUCUUGGAUAGAUUAGUACUGUGUCACUAUAAGGGUGCAGCAACAAUCCUGCCCUGAACAUGCGGAUGAAAACAUAACCCGGCAGUUACAUACUAAAAUUGCCAAACCCUUCAACUAUUGGCAGUGAUUAGCCAAGAAUCCUAGGCUCGUUCAGAAGGUGAACAGAUAGAACCAUAAUCUUAAGGAAUAUUGCUAUGUGGUUUGAUGCAUGUGUUUAUGUGUUCUCCUUUUUACAAAAUGGAUAUUAAUUCCAACAAUCUCUCCUUUUUGCAUUUAUACUUUGCCUUUACUCUUUCCGGGAUAAGUUUAUAUAUGUCACAGAUGACUGGAUUAAAUAAGUGCUAAGGUACUACUGCCAUAAACCUGUAAUACAAUGUCACUUUACUAGAAUAACUGGUUUUAAAAACUGAAUGUUAAGAAAGGACACUGUAAAGUAUCAUCUAAACCUGAACAACUUCAGUAUUUAAAGAUGUGGUAUUUUCUUACCUGGUAAACUGGAUGGAUUGUUUCAUCAUUUCACUAGUCUAAUAUGUAAAUUGAAAUUUACAAGACAAUGAGAAACUGCCUCAAGCAAAGUCCCUCAUUUGUAGAUGAGUUUGCUAAGAUUUGCUCCAAAUAGAUAUAAAUUUUUUCUAACAAAAAGCUAUGUAUAAUCUUUUGCCCUUUAAUGCAACCUAAAGAUAUUCUUUCUUUGAAUUCAUUCCAAUCUAACCCAUCAGAUAUCAUGAAAGUGUAAAAUUGGAAGAAGAAAAUAUAAUGUUUUAGAAAUAAGUUAGUUCUCUUUAGUAAGGGGACUGAAGCUCAGUAAUUUAAAUGAUUUCUCAAAGAAAUAUCCAAGUGAUGAAGUGGCAGCAUUAGGUUGAGAGUUUAUGUCUUCUAAUUGCAAGCUAGUACUCAUUGCACAAUAGCAUGCUACCUCUUGAAUCUUUACAAUACUCAAUUGGCCAAGUUUUUAAAAUCUGGUUUGCUGAUGUAAAUAUAUGGAGUUGAGAAAAUUUCAAGGCAGGAUAGAAAACAAUCCAACUAAAUUGUCCUUAAUUGAUUUCCAUUCUUUCCUACUAAUUAGCAGCAUGGCAUAACCCAGAGAAAUCUCUUCACAUUAUAGCCUACAAACAGCGCCCCCUGGAGUUGUGCUUUGCUCAAUUCCGGAUUUCUUUUUAAGGUCUGUGAGCCCUAACUUAUUUGAAGGAAACUCCUUCACAUUGCAUACCCCUAUAGACCUAUUCAGUUUGAGUUUAUUGGCUAGCAGUACAACUGGCCUGUGUGAGGUACAAUUUUACCUAAACAGCAAAGGAAAUUAUUUCAAAUUCCUUUGAAAUUCCCAGACUUUCUGUCUUCCAAUAUUUGAGUGAAAGUUCUAGAUGAAAACUAACUUCCAUCCUGUAUUCUGCCCCAGAGAGAGCUGAAAAUAAUGUUAAGUUGUUUUAAGGCUGACAAACACAACAACUUCAUUAACUGUCCUCUAUAGCUAGCAGCUAUGAUGAUGCUAAAUUGAAUAUAAUUUCCUUUCCCAAACAAGAAGUUGGGGACACUGUUUAUUUCUGUUGUGUGACUCACUUGUACAAGAAAAUUGUGGUUACUAAUGACGAUAUAUCUUACAUCUUGUAGUCUAACACAUAUACACACCCUUUUAUGAAUACAUAAAUGAAUGGAUGCUUGAGAACUCACCAAAACAAAACAUGGGAAGAUAAUCUAUCAUUGAAAGUGCUGACAGUUUAAAAAUUAACAUUACAGUGUUUGUGAACAAUAAAUUAUUAUAAGGAAUGAGCAAAACAGCGUAAUAAAAUUAAAUCCUUAAAAAUUAAGGAUUUAUAUAUUUUAAACCCUCACUAAUUUGCACUAACUUCCAAGUGGACCAAGUCUGUUUUCAUGGGAAGGGUUAAACUUCCUUGUAGGCAAUGCAGUGCUACAUGGUGAUUGUACUUAUGUUUGGGAUGUGUUGUGUGUUUUUUUUUUUUUUUAUUUACUUAAAAAGCUAAUUCAUAAAGACUUUAGGGCUUAUAUUUUACUUGAAUAAUAAUAUUUUUUCUGUGUAAUGGUUUGUGAGAAGAUAAUUAAUAUUUGACUAGUUAUAAUUAAUUAAAAGAUAAGGGGAAACAGGGUAUUCUUAGAUUAAAUAAUUUAUGUAAAUAGAACCUAUUUUCAGCUACAGUGACCACAGGAACCUUUUGAGAUUCAUGGAUAUUAAAUGCAAUUAAUGAAAUUUUAACUUGCUAACAAAAUUAGGAACUUGAGAAACACUUUGGUACAGUAUCAUGUUUGUGCCCUAAAAUCUGCUAAUGACUAAUAAGAAAUGUACCAUACAUACACUACAACAUAACUGCAUGCAGCUGAUUUCUCUGGGACAUCUUCACACUGUAGUAUACAUGUGUUUAUACGUAUCUGAUAUAUUUUUGGAAAACUGCUGGUAUUUAUUAUGCCACAGACAUUCUGUAGAAAACUUAAAAAUUAACUAAAAAUCUUAUGUCCCAAAUGUUCGACUUAGUUUUGAUUUAUAAAUAUAACAAAAAAACUAGCUAUUUCUAGAGCAAAUUUUUCAAAAUUCAAAAAUAUUAAAAUUAGAGGUUGAAGGUUUAGCUCAGCACACCUGCCCGGCAAGUGCAAGGUCUUGAGUUUAAUCCUUGCCAACUAAAGAAAAAAAUAAAAAAAAUAGAUAAAAUAAAAUAAGUGGAUACAUCAGAACAUUUCACCAAAUAAUAAAAAUCUUUAAAGUACUUCAUUUCCAUUGAAAAUAUUUUAUGUACACAAGCAGGCAUCCAUGAGACACUGAAAUAGUCUGUGCUAUAUUUUGAAAAUUUUACUUCAUAGAAUUGUACUCCUCCUGAUACCCAUUUACUAGAUUAGAUGCAAGGCUUUUCCUUACUUUCCUGAGUCCUAUUUUUAUCUACUUACUAUUUCCCAAGAGAUUUCCCUAAAACUUUAAGGUCAAUAAGCCUAAUUAUGAAAAAUAAUAGAAUGUAAUGGUAUAAAUAAGUUCUUCACUUCCAAAUAUUGCUUGCUGAUUUUAAUAUUCAUUUGCGUCCAUGUUCUAAACAGGGACAGAUCUGUUAAAACUAAGAAUUUUAAAUUUUUACAAGUCAGCUUCGUUCCAUUCUCAAAGAUUCACAAUACAUAUGUUGUCAUAAGUGUAGAAAAUGAAUUUCAGUUACUUAGAAGCUCAAUUAUAUUUCUAUUAUAUUCUCUUUUUUACUUUUAAUAUUUAAUUUAUAAAUGUAUUUAUCUAAACCUCCACUUAAUGCAGUGCAAACUUUUUCAAAGGAGUAUAGAAGGAGACUGCAUUCAGAUCAUUUCCUUUUUCUCUUGUAUUUCUUACAUAGCAAAUUUAUUAUGUAUAACUGACUGUACAUAUCCAUAUGUGUCUCACUGAUUUUAAAACACACACCUUUUCAAUUUAAUAACUCUGGAAUUGUGAUUUCCUGAAAUUGCAAUGUCUCAUUGGCAUCUUAGGUGCAGUGUUUUGAAUGAAUAUUACACUAAUUCAAUUUUAACUAAACAUUCAUGACUAUUGAAAUACUCCUUAUAAAUGUUGGUGAAUUCAUUUAUCAUAAUAUAUGAGGCCAAUUUUCAAUAAAAUUACAUUAUAAACAAUUUCCUUUUGUCAGCUCUGAUCCUGCAUAUAUUUAAGUUACAAAAGUUGAAAGCCCCAAAGAACUCUUAUUCAUAUUUUAAGCCAUGAAUAAUGAUUUCAGCAAACCUAAGUUAACUGACAAGAAUGGGUGAGUUUCUCCAACUGUUGUUAAAAAAUUUUUAUUCUUUCUAAUUCUAAGGAAUUUUUAUAAGAUCAUCUCACAUUUAAAUAAAAUUAACUGGAUAAAUGUCCCAUCAAGCCAUCAUAAUUAGGUGUUAUAGCAUCUUACGUCUCAUUUCAACUGCAGGAGGAAAAUAAAAUACAACAAAUCUGUCUUCUCCAGUUCUCCUACUUUUUGCUUUUCAUCCUUUCUGUUCUUUUUAUGAUUUUCUUUCAAACCCAUGUAAUAACUGUUGUAAAAUUGCAUACCUACAUUAUUUUCAUUAUGUAAAACAAUUGUUCAGCUUUCAGAGCAGCUUUUAAUGAAAUACCUGAAAGUCAUAACACUACUCUUAAUCUACCUGAAAUACUCUUUUGCAUAAGAUUUUUAUGUCUAUAAGUUAACUCUAUUGAUCAGGUUUCCAGCCUCUACAACCAACUUUAUCUACAAUUGUCUAAUAAAACAGUACAAAAACUGUAAUCAUCAAGAAUUGAAAAUAUGUGAUUUAUAUAGAGUUUAACAACUUUACACUAUCCAACAGACAAAUGUGAUUUUGAUAAGACUUCAACUUUAUGGUACAUAGAUUUUAUUAAAAAUAUUAAGUAUAGAAUAUUUUAAUUUUAAAUUAUAAGAAAAUACAAAUUUGCACAUAUUAAUAUAGAAAUUCAUUUGUGUAUAUUUAACAUACUUUUAAAAUUAUUUUACAUGUAUCUGCUACUUUACUAAGGUUUUUAAACCUCUGCAAAAAUAAAAAAUGUUUUUAAAUUAUCAGUAACAUAAUCUUAUUGUGUUUCACAUAACAUAUACUGCCUUUGUAAAAAAAUUAAUAUAGAAUAUAUUUUUAAAUUAAAGUAUUUGAAUAUGGAAUAGCUGUAAGAAAGAAGUAAAUUCUUCCUGAACAUGUUUCAUAUUGUUUCUGGCUUUGGAUUAUACAUAUAGCUACAUUGCCUUAAAUGAUACAGAAGAUUGAGAAUAUGAUAAUUUCACAUAAUAUACUAUGAACCUGCUCACACAACUCUUAACUGACUACUAACUUUGGUUUUAUGUAUUUAUUAAAGAGCUGACACUGUAGAUUGUUGUGAGAUGUUUAUUUUUUUAACAGAGCUUAUUACCGUUAUGACAAGGCAUUUAAUUAAUGCACCAUUCUGUUCAAAAGUAGUUGCUAAUCAAUAUGAAAUUUUGUGUUUUAAAAUAAAAUGUAAAGAUUUAAGAAUACAAA